AUGCGUGAAUCGAUAAGCGCUUCGGCGUGCUCAGCGCUAUCCGAGCGGCCACUGCCGUCGGUUCUCUCGCCUUUGAUAGCAGAGAACAUCUACCUAUGUACCACGAUUGACUACCUUGCCGCGAUUGAUGGAGUCCAGUCGUACUCCCACUUUCGUGACAAGUUCGAGUCACCUUUUAUUACGCCCUAUGAUCCGGCGAACUGGAGGACAUUCAAGCUUUGUGUAUUGGAAGUCGUGACCCGCGAUUCGACAGUAGCAGCAGCGACCACGGCAGCAGAGGCAGCUCAUAAGGCACGCGUCAGUUGCUUGCCACACGCUCAACCACUCAUUCUGUAUGCAGCGGCAUGCGAGGAGUUCAGGAGUAGGCUUGUAAAGUACAACGAUGUGAAGGACUUCGAUCAGAUCUUGCUGGCGCUGUUCUUGCUGAUCUUGGUGGAAAUGAUGCUACCUGAUGAGACUUCAGCAGGGCUUUUGAAUACGGAAAGUGGCGUCUUAGCGAUCACAAUCAAAGAAUACCUUGCUCGCGAUUCAGCUUCCCCCUUAUGUUUGCGCCUGAUGUCAUGGCUCUUGAUCUGCCACGGCGCUGCAAGACGCUCAGGCAACCGAGGGCUGCUCUCCUCAGACCUUCGAUCACUCUUCGUUGCCGUGAUCGAACCGCACCAUCCCCUACCGUCGCUCCAAGCAGCAAGCAACACAGAAGCAGAUGGCAUCCUUCUGAGCACUCUAUCCGAGUCCCUCUUUAUCUAUUUCGCCCGCACACAAAUGCUAUCAGCCGAAGUAGCCGAGCUCUCGCACUACCACCGCAGUCGAACAACCGGAGCCGACCAGGAAGAGGUCAGCAUCCUCAUGUUGGACAUCAAAGCACAACUCGAGAGGCUUUGGCAGGACCGGCCAGCACUUAUGCGCCACAGACCGGAAGAUCUCUACGCCCAAUUCAACUCAACCUCAAUAGUCACAUUAUUUGGUCUGCUAAGCACACUAUCCAACCUAGUCUACCACACCGAGCUCGUGGAGAUUGGCCGGAAUCUCUCCCACGAACAGGGUAUUACAAUCGAAGCUUGGCAGCAUCUCUGCGAAAUGCGGCAGAUCAUAGAGGGUUCGUCGAAGCUGCACGGCACCCACCCAGCAUUCCUCCGCGCCCUGCUACUUGUUGCCAUCGAAAGUCCGCUCGGCGAAGACUCGACAUGGGCAGUUGCGGAGAUGCGUAAGAUACACGAUCCGCUCUGCUACUCUGAAUUCUUCGCGAACUUCAGCGAGGGACUGGCGGAUGCACAGCGGCGAGUCGGGAGACGGGUGACAACGAGAUGGUUCAGCAUGAGGACUUUUGGUUUGCAAUUGCCCUUCCUGUGA